AAAAACUCCGCCAUUUUUAAGUUGUAAUUGUGUUUAUAUUUAAGAUAAUGCAAUAAAUAAUUAAAUCGAAUCGAGAAAAUUAACUUUUUCUGAUUUGCUGCAGAUACUCUUAGUUUUCAAGUUUUUAUCUAUCAUCAACUUUUCAAUUUAUAAUAAAAAUAUUUUCAAAGAUCAAUAUAAGAUUUUUUCUAAUGUCAAUAACUUUGGUGUACUGGGAGGUGUACACUAAACAUCAUAUAACAUAUUUUUUAUUUUCAAUCAUCAUCCAAAUGUUCCCUACUUUAUUUUGAUAAUCACUUUCAGUUUAAAGAUUUUAACAAUUGACGUAAUGUGUUCGAUAAUCAACCCUUAAUUUAAAAUUAUACAUUUUGAAUCAUUAUCAGCGUAAAUGAAAAAACUACAAUUAAUACACAAUAUAGAGAAAUGUUCGAGUAAAGAAUGCUGAAAUGUCCACGAUUAAAUUAUACGAGUUUUAAGGUGGUUUCCAAGUAGCUUAAUAAAUUAUAAUGACCGAAUAUAAACUCGUUGUUGUCGGAGCAGGAGGUGUUGGAAAAUCAGCUCUUACAAUCCAACUUAUACAGAAUCAUUUUGUUGAUGAAUAUGAUCCUACUAUUGAGGAUUCUUAUAGGAAACAGGUUGUUAUUGACGGCGAAACGUGCUUAUUGGAUAUAUUAGAUACAGCCGGACAAGAAGAGUACAGUGCAAUGCGAGACCAAUAUAUGAGAACUGGAGAAGGAUUUUUAUUAGUUUUUGCUGUCAAUUCAGCCAAGAGCUUCGAAGACAUAGGUACAUACAGAGAACAAAUAAAAAGAGUAAAAGAUGCAGAAGAAGUACCGAUGGUAUUGGUAGGUAAUAAAUGUGAUCUUCAACAAUCUUGGGCAGUAAAUAUGACUCAAGCAAGAGAAGUCGCUCGUCAAUAUGGCGUUCCUUUUGUAGAAACUUCAGCGAAAACAAGGAUGGGAGUCGAUGAUGCUUUUUAUACUUUGGUUAGAGAAAUUAGAAAAGACAAAGAACAACGGGGAAAAGAAAAAAAGAAACGUAUGAGAGCUGGAAAUUCUAAUCGCAGGAGAACCCGAUGCUGUCUUCUCUAAAUAUUGCAUGAUAUUACUUCGUAAACGCACAAUCAAAGAAAAAAAUCAUACUCUGGAUUCAAUAGAAUAUCUGUAAAAUAUAUAUCAUUUGAAUUGUAAUAUUUUUUCCAGACAUGUAUUGCUUUUUUAAUUGAAUAUAUUUUGAUUUUUUAUCUGA